AUCCAGCAACGAAAGACACGUUCACAAGUGUAUAUUAUGCAAGGAACAACAUAAACUUCACCAAUGCCCAGAAAUGCAAGAAAAGACAAUGGAUGAAAGAAUCGGCAUUAUAAAGAAUAAUGGGUUAUGUUUUGGGUGCCUUGCAUAUGGUCACAGAAAACAUGAAUGCAGAAGUAAAAUGAAAUGCCAAAAAUGUAACUCUUAUCAUCCAACAAUUCUACAUGAUGACAAUUACACUAGUAAAGUAGUGGGAGCAGCUGUAUGCCAUACCACCCACAGUUCUGAGAAUGUGCAUUCCAUGAUAGUGCCAGUUGUAGUGCACCACGAGGAUAAUCCAGACAUUUUUUCAGUGGUAUAUGCAGUACUAGACGAGCAGUCAGAUGCCUGCUUUGUAAAGUCCUCGACCCUCAGUGAACUCGAAUGUAAAGGGAAGCAUAUAGACAUCAGACUUUCAACCAUACUUGGAGAAAAAACCGUCCCGAGCAGGAAAGUUGGAGGACUUGUUGUGAGAGGUCUGAACCAAGAGACAUUGAUUGAGCUUCCAGAUACAUACUCCAGAGACUCCAUUCCAGUUAAGCGAUCGCAGAUACCCAGACCAGAAACUGCUAAGAAAUGGCCACACUUGCACUCAAUUGCUGAUAAGAUUACUCCUUAUCGCCCAGACUUAGAGGUAGGGCUGCUGUUGGGAGUAAACUGUAUGAAGGCCAUUAGAGGUCUGGAAUACGUACAUGGUAGAGGAGAGGACUCAUAUGCAUACAGAUGUAACCAAGGUUGGGGUAUAGUAGGGCCAGUGGAUAAAUCAAGACCCAUAGAUGAGAACAAGAGCUUUGCAACACAUGCCUUUGUCUUUAGAACACAAGUGACAGAGAUCAGCCCCGCUGAGGUUUGCAGUCUCUUUGACCAAGGUUUCGACCAACAGAAAGAUGAAAGGUUAAGCCUUCAAGACCAGAAGUUCAUGAAGAUUAUGAAGGAGGGCAUACAUUUCAACGAGGGUUUUUACGAGAUGCCACUACCAUUUAAAGAUGGACAUCCAGCAUGACCAAACAACAAACCAGCAGCUGAGAUCAGACUA